AUGGGAGGUGGUAAAGACAAGCAUCACGAUGAGCAAGACAAAGGGUUUCAUGGUUUCCCAGGAGGAGGACAUCAUUACCCUCCACAACAAGGGUAUCCUCCACAAGGGUACCCUCCACAACAAGGGUACCCACCGCAACAAGGGUACCCUCCAGCUGGAGGCUAUCCACCUGCUGGAUACCCUCCUGGUGCCCCUGGAGGUUACCCUCCUGCAGGCUAUCCUGCUCCUCACCAUUCAGGACAUUCUGGUGGUGGACUGGGAGGUAUGAUCGCCGGGGCAGCUGGUGCAGCAGCAGCAGCCUACGGAGCUCACAAAGUUGGCGGCCAUGCGUCUCACAACCCAUACGGGCAUGGAGGACCAGUAGUAGGAGGGUAUGGCCAUGGACCUGGACAUGGCUUUGGUCAUGGAGGUCAUGGUAAGUUCAAGCACGGAAAGCAUGGAGGUCAUGGUAAGUUCAAGCAAGGAAAGCAUGGGAAGCACGGGAAACACGGCAUGUUUGGAGGAGGAGGCAAAUUCAAGAAGUGGAAGUAA